AUGGACUGUCCCUCUCCCGACGCCCAUGUGGCGCCUGGGGCAUUGCGCACGGGGACAAGACUGUCCCUGGGACCUAUCGUCUCCCCAAAAGACCGCAACAAGCUGUCCAUUAAUUUUCUUGCGAACGAGCCCUCGCGAGCGGAUACCACUCCUCGGUCCAGACGGCUGUCGUCGCCGCUUUCGCACCGUGCGCGCGGGGUCAACCGGCCGACUUCGUCUCUAGGACGGGCGGACGACGUUCAGGUCGUUUCUGAGAUAUCCAGUGACCAGCCACGAACCUACCGUCUAGAAAUUGUCCAGCACCCCGAUAGGACGGCCGAGUUUGGGGCGUCCACCCUGACCCGCCUGCCCCUCGCGCCGCCGCUCAUAGCGCAGCUCGUCCUGCGCGACUCGUCCGGCCGCAUCGUGAUCGACGAGUCUGAGCUCCCGUUCUUGGUCGCCCAGCUCUCCCUGCUCAGCGGGGACGGCGCGGCGCCUAUGGACUACGCCACGCCGGCGGCGGGCGCGACCGCACCGCGCGAGCGCGAGCGGCUGCUCUACGGCCAGCUGGUGUCCUCGCCGCACCUGCUGCGCAACCUGCAGGGGCGGCGCGGGGUGUACUUCAUGUACCCGGACGUGGGCGUGCGCCAGCGCGGCCGCUUCCAGCUCAAGGUCACGCUCAUGCGCCUGCCACGGUUCGACGACCCGCAGACGAUCAUCCAGGGGAACACCAGUGGAACGAUCCUCGCAGAAGCGCGCUCGCUGCCGUUUGACGUGUUUCCGCUCCGAGACUACGUCGCGCCAGCGCAGACGCCGUUGACGCAGUACUUUCUCCAGCAGGGGGCCCGAAUGAUCGCGCCGCCCCCGCGCUGUUUGUAGCCUGCGCGCGCGGCGUUUCGUGUCACUCGUGGUCGUGGCGGCUGAUGUCAUUGUACUAUUGUUCGGAAGGUUGAUGUUUGGUGGAUUUCGUACGUACGCGCUGUCUGGUUUCUUGUCCUUUCGUUCGUCCGCUCGCGCUUCGCUGUUCCCCGUCUGGCUCCUCUUGGACAGAACCUUCGACCCUUCGUAUUGGGGAGCCAGAUUAGUACUUUCGAAUUACGUACGUCGCUUAGAUUCUUGUGCGGCUUCGACGUCGGCCCGUCUGUGUUAUCU